AGGAUAAUUUGCAUAAAAGCUGUGUAAGACGUUUGAGUUGAUUUAAAUAAUUAUUACACAACUGUCGACAGCUAUAUAUGAAGCAUGGACGUACACUAUAGGCCUAUAUAUGCAUUCUCUGUCUUUAUGGAUGGUUCCCUAAAAUCGAUGUUCCUGACAAAAGAGACAUGAGUUUUUUGCAUAGAAUAGAGGACCAGACAUAAUAAUGCCAGUCAGGAUGAGACCCUUGAACGCAAAGGAGUCCGUGAUUCUUUUUACAUUAAUUUUGGCCCAAGGCUUUGACUUCUGCAGGUCAUGUAAUUGUGAUGAGCAAUAUUUUUGCAACUGUUCAUCAAAUCAUCUCCAACAUGUCCCAAAAGUUCCAGCGAACGCUCUUGGCCUUGACCUGUCUUUCAAUCAAAUUGCGUCUAUCGGCAUGAACGAUCUCACCCCGUAUAGUGAGCUGAAAACCCUAAACUUGCAUAAGAACACGCUCAAGUUCAUACACGUGGAGGCUUUUAAAUCUCAGCACAAGCUGGAAGUUCUUGACCUGUCAUUGAACAAUCUGAAAAAUCUGUCUUCGUCUUGGUUCCGCGAGCUGAAAUCUCUUCAGCAGCUGAACCUUGUAGAAAACCCAUACACCACCUUGGGACCUGCUCCCAUUUUCCAGCCUCUCCUUAACCUAAGGACAUUGCGAUUUGGUAGUCCUUCACUGAGAGAGAUAUACAAGAAUGGCUUAGAUAGCCUCGCUCAUCUGGACGAGGUGACAUUCAUUGGCAGUAACCUGAGUUUAUAUGAGAACGGCAGUUUGAAAGCAGCCCGUCCCAUUGGUUUAGUCUCUUUGAGCCUUCAGAAUCUAUUUCAGAAUGAUCCAGAAUUAGUCUCUAAGGUUCUUCAAGACGUCUCCCACCCUGAAACUCUGCUAAUUAUCAAAGAUGCUCAACUCAGAACGAACACUUCGACAGAACCCUUUAAAGCGACGAGAGAAGGUGGGACUAAAAGCUUGACUUUUCAAGAUAGCUGCACAACUGAUGAAGCAUUGACCUCUUUUUUGAUGGUCAUGGAUGGUUCUUCUUUAUCAUAUAUUGGUCUUGAAGACAUACAUUUGAUUGGUCAAGGAUGGUGGCAGAAAGCUUCAUACACACACUAUGAAAACUUACAUACGGCCUACAUACGCAAUCUUGACAUUCAAGGGUUCUUUGAGUUUAGUAGCAUGACGCAGUUGGGAUUUCUGCUGGUGCAUCUCCACAGGGUAUCCGUGAUAAACGGCACAGUGUUCGUUAUUCCUCCGAUAACUACUUUCUUUUUGAAAAAACUUGAAUAUUUGGACCUUAGUCAGAACCUACUUUCAGACCUAACGAUUGAGCCGACGUUAUCUACAAGUUUUGGCGCAUACCAAAACCUCAUUACUCUUAACGUGAGCCAGAACGUUUUAAAAUCUCUCGGGCUGAUGUCUCGUUUGGUCACUAAUCUUAAGAGUCUCAUAUAUUUAGACGUAAGUCACAAUAGUUUUGUCUCUAUGCCAGAAAAAUGUAGCUGGCCAGCUACCCUCAAGUUUCUGAACCUUUCAAGCACGAAGAUACGUAAGCUGACCCCAUGCCUUCCUUCAAGCUUGACGGUCCUGGAUCUCAGCGAAAACGAUCUGACGGUUUUCAACCAAAGAUUUCCUCAACUUACUAUGCUUAUAUUGACAGGCAACCGACUUAUGACUCUUCCACAUGGGGAAUUAUUUCCAAGGUUGCAGACACUGCUUAUCCAAAGGAACGCUUUGCGGAUGUUUAACAGUAGCGAUUUGAAAAGAUUCAGAGAGCUACAAUAUUUGGAAGCAGGUUAUAACAAUUUUGUGUGCUCCUGUGAGUUUGUAUCUUUCUUUAGACAGGAUGUUGACCUUUUCAUCACACUGAGAGAUGGUCGUGGCAAUUAUGUGUGCGACACUCCAUUCACUCUCAGAGGUGAUGCUAUUGACAGUGUCAGAUUAUCAGUCUUCGAGUGUUAUAUGAUCCCUGCUGUCUCGGUACUUUGUUCUCUGAUUAUCAUAGUGCUCGGACUUAUUGUUGUCACCUGCCAUAAGCUUCACGUUAUAUGGUACCUCCAGAUGACUAAAGCUUGGAUACAAGCCAAACGAAAACCUGCAGUUGGUCGACUGGCCGAAGAGCUCCGCUACGAUGCUUUCGUAUCUUACAGUCAACAUGACGCCGAGUGGGUUGAGGAGAUCCUUGUUCCAGAGCUGGAGAGUGCUCAUCCUCCAUUUGCCCUAUGUUUGCACAAACGUGAUUUCCAGCCAGGCCGUUGGAUUGUGGAUAACAUUAUUGACUCGAUUGAGAAGAGCCACAGGACUCUCUUUGUUCUGUCUGAGCACUUUGUCACCAGCGAAUGGUGCCGUUACGAGCUGGACUUCUCACAUUUCCGCAUAGUCGAUGAACACAAUGACUCUGCUGUCCUGGUGCUUCUCGAGCCAAUCAAGAAGGAGACCAUUCCCAAGCGUUUCUGCAAGCUGAGGAAGAUAAUGAACUCCAGGACGUAUCUGGAGUGGCCCGAAGAGGAGGAAAAGAGAAACGAGUUCUGGAGCAAUCUGAGAGCCGUCCUACAGAGAGAUGAAUGUUGAUGGCUAAGGAAGGGUUGCCACGGUGUGUGACAAAUACAGACUGAUUAACACUGAGUACCAAAACUCAGUGGGCCAUUAGCAGAUUUACUUUUAUUUGUAGGCCUACUGUAUAGAGUGUUAUCAUUAACUGAAAGCAAAA